AAAGAAGCCAUGACUUCUCUGGUCAACCCGGCUUACAACAGCACAGUAGGGUCCCCGACGGACCACGUCAAUGCAAACACGACAACGGCGGGACUCUCCACAGAGGAUCACGACCCAUUACAAAAUGAGAUUAACAAAAUGAUGAAAGAGAGCCUGAUGGACUCAGACUUCAGCCAGACGGACAAUAAGAAUGAGGGGGUGUCCAUCCAAAGUGCCGUUCUUGGGGGGUCAUCGGGGAAGAGCCGCUCCUCGUAUGCAUCGACGGACUACUCUUCCAUGGGAAUUGGCAAUCCAUUAGAAAACCUGCCUGGGGCGUACUCAGACGAUGACUAUGAUGACGAUGAGGAUGAUGUUUAUGUGGAGGAGGAGGAGGAUGAGGACAGGAGAUUGACGGUGGCAGAUGAUAACAUCCUUCGGGAGAGGAACAAGGUCAAAGCGGAGGCCAUGUUUGCCGGCAUUGAUUUCAUCGAUGAUGGGGAGGACGAUGACGAGAGCGAGUCGGAGUCGGAGGAGGAAGAGGAGGAGGAUGAUGAGGAUGAUGAUGACAUAGCAGAGGUUGUGAUCGUUGAGGAAGUGGAUAGCGCAGAUGAGAAAGCACCAAAGAGAGUGAAAACAGAUGAUGGCUGUUCACCAAAGGACCCUGAUGCCGAUCUUAUGUCGCCGGACGAAGUCAUCGCCACAAAGCUGGGUGGCAUCUUAAGUUACUAUGCCAACUUGGAAGCAUUGACCAAGCAACGUUCAGAACAGAUUGAAGAUGACACCACGUCAUUACGGGGCAGUGUCAGCGAUUCGUCAGAAGUAGAGGGUGAGAGUCACGAGGGCCUUUAUGAAAUGCCUCAGCAACCGACGCCCUUUGAUUCGGGACCUUCGACCAUGGAUGAUGAGAGCACAGAUGAUUGUGAAUCUACGUAUGAUAUGCUUUACAAGAGCUUUGGGCUCAGGACACAGGAUGAAAAAUUCAAGGUGGAUCUUCUGUCUCCAUCGCAGGGUCAACACGACCAUGGAUACGCCAGCGAGACAUCCGCAGACGAGAGAGUAUCCCCGAUCAAGCGACCUGGAAUGCUGCUAAGGGAUGGAUUCAAGCCCCCGCUCAGUGCUCUUACCGAGGACCUCCCCCUCAAGAUUCUGUCCCCUACCACUGAAGCCGAAUCAGGCAUCGAAGUCACUCCCGAACCCAAGUCCUCCAACAAGAACCUGUUGGAUAAGGAACUCUCAGAGGCACAGAAGACCGCCCUGACGAAGCCGACGACGCUACCACCAGGCUGGCGUGAAGUAGCCGACGCCCAUGGAACAUACUAUUGGCAUGUACCGACAGGAACUACACAAUGGAGCCCACCCUCACCCACUGACAGCCAAGGCUCAGCUAGCCCUCCCAAGAAACCUGCAAGGGAACCAAAGCACAGUCGCUCGUCAUCCCCAACGGAUGGGACCACGGAGCAGGAACAGGACCCGAAUCUCAAGGAGUUCCAGAAGUCCACACUGCGCUAUGCAAACCUCAAACUGGGACCAAGCACAUCCAAACAGGACCAGGAACCAAAGCUCCUGUCAGAACAGAAUGUCCGGGGUAUCCGGUUCCACGUGCGCUCCCUGGGGUGGGUGGAGAUGGAGGACGCGGACCUGUCACCGGGCAAGAGCAGCCUGGCCGUCAAUAACUGCAUACGGCAGCUAUCCUACCGCAAGAACGACAUCCGCGACACCGCCGGAAUCUGGGGAGAGGGUAAAGACAUGUACAUGGUGUUAGAGGAUGAGUACCUGAAGCUCACGGAUCCCAACGACUCGACCGUCCUCAACUCGCAGCACGUAUGCAGCAUCAGGGUCUGGGGUGUCGGACGUGAUAACGGAAGAGAAAGGGACUUCGCUUAUGUGGCCAGGGACAAGGUGACCAAGCGCUACAAGUGCCACGUGUUCCGAUGCGACAUCCCGGCUAAAGCCAUCGCCAACGCGCUGCAUGAGAUCUGCGCCAAGGUGAUGAGCGAGCGUCAAAAGGGCAACACGAUCUCCAUGGUAACACAAGGUCAGAUGAUCAGACAGCAACAGCAGCAACAAUUAAUGCAAAUGAAGAGCAUUUCCCUGGACAGCAGUAAGGAUGCCACACACACCCCAUCAGCAGGUGUGGACUUUCCUACCCCCAAGAUGGAGCCCAUCACUGUCUUCCGUGCCAACUAUGUAGGAAGUACAUCAGCGGUCAAGCAAUCAGGCAUGGAUGUCUUGAAUGAUGCCAUUGACAAGGUGGUUGGCAUGGUUGGUGAAGACCAGUGGACUCCGGCUAGGAUUGAAGUAGCCGUCUCAACUGUCACUGUCACAAGUGUCAAGACCAAAGAAACAAUCGCUGAGAACAGGAUACGUUUUAUGUCCUUCCUAGGAAUUGGCAAAGACAGCAGACACUUUGCAUACAUCAUGUGCAUCGGGAAGAACAAGUUCCAAUGUCACGUCUUUACCUGCGAGCACUCCGCCGGGGGACUAGCCAAGGCGGUCGAGGCAGCAUGCAAGUCUUACCACCGAUCAAUCGGACGCCCAAGAACCGAAACCAUUGCCCUUGAGGUAAAACACAUUGUCAAGAGUGCUGGAUUCAAACAUAAAACAUCCAAAGACAACCUGCGGUAUCAGAAGUGCUUGGAUGCUAACCCAAAGGGGUCCCUGAUCAACUCAGCAGAUGGCAAGACAUGGGGCUGCGCUCUCAAGACCGGCAUCCAAUCCAUCUUCACCAAGAUGGGUACGCUAAGGAUACAAGGCAAAGAUGCUCCUAUCAGUGCAGUCUAGACUCUAGAGCAUCCACUAAACUGAUGAUGCGUUGCUUAGCAACCGGACAACCUAAGAGCUAAUGAUCUCUAAAACUUUACUGGUUAUAAACCAGUCACUGAAAAAAAAAAACUUUGGAAAGGGAGUUUAGAAGGAUCAUGCUGAUCUCUAAAGAGAGUAAGAUAAAGUAGAGGGGGCGGAGAUUCAUUGGAUUGCAAGACCGAAAUGUAGAUGCGGCAAUGUCUAUAAAAGCGGUUCUACAUCGAAGCACGCUGCAAUAUGUAUGUAUAUCUGGUGAUGGUUAGUCCGCAGUGUGAUUUGUUCGACGUCACGAGGCGUUCCUUUUCUUCUGUACUCAAGACAUUCUAUAAAUACUGUGUGCUGUAAUGAUAAUGUUGAUGAUGAUGAUGAUGAUGAUGAUGAUGAUGAUGAUGAUGAUGAUGAUGAUGAUGUUUAAAGCAUGGAUAUUGAAAGUGAUGUGGUACUGUGAACGAGGAGUGCAGUGAUUUGUUCUUAUAUUAUGCUCUUACGAUAUAAAGUGUGUAAGAUAUUAAGAGAGAGAGAGAAAGAGUUGAUGUAUGUUUAUAUUUAUGUAUGAGGCUUUACUUGAUAAAUGAUAACUACUGCAUUGCAAGUGUCAAGAAUAGCAGUGGGUGUUUGGGGGGGGGGGAUUAAUUUGUGACUGUAUCAAUUAAAGAUAUAUAAACUGGUACAAUAACUUAAAUGUAUGUGGGGUAAAUGGAAACUUACAGUUUACAGGAAAACUAGUAAAAUUAAACUUAUACUCCUGUUGAAACAAACGGACUUGUAAAUCACACAACUGCAGUUCAGUACAUUUUGAGUACAGUCUUCUGUUAAAAGUGAUGACUGUUAUUUAAAAAAAAAUACAUACAUGUUAAAAAUCUGUACAUAUAGUCGCACUGGGAAACUAUCUACUCAGAUAUUUAUCACUUUAUCGUAUGCACUGUGACAUAACGUGAGCAUUUUUGUGUCGAUUUCAUGUUCAUCUGCCUUCUCAGAAGGCUAGUCGAGUGACGAGAGUCAAUUUAAAGCAAGAAAACAAAAUAUCUUCUCUUGUUCAUUUAUAUCGUUCUUGUGUGCUGUUCCGUGCAAUUGUAAGAACAUUGAAAAUGUUCGCCGUAUGAAGCUGUUGUGACAUUCAUGUACUUAAUUUAAUUAUACACUAUCUGAAUAAGCAACUUAAGCACUUUCUGAGGCCGCAGUAUUUUAACCAGUGCUGUGAUAUAUAUAUAUAUAUAAUACAGCCGAUGUAUAUUAGUGGUUGUGAUUGUAGUAGAAGUAGGAGUAGAUAGUGGUGCAUUUGUGAAACUCAAUAUUACACAGUCAAGCAGCCGUUAUGUGGGUCUGUUAACACUUUUGCAUGUAAAUGCUGGGUCAUUUCAAAUACUUGAGGAGUCGCAGAUUGUUUGAUAAAUAAUGGAAUAGUAUUACAUCAAGUGUUUAUUUCACCAUAAGCAGUCAAAUCCUUGAUUGCCAUUAUUUCAAACAACUGAUUUAGAUUUCAUAAUAAAGAUAUAGAUUUAAUCAAAAAUCAAAACAUUUUGAAAAGAUGGAAAUAACACUCUUUUUAUAAUACAGAAAAUGGAUUCUGAAAGGCCUUGAGUAAACUUGAGGGCAACGUAGAAUUGACACAAAUCUUAAGUUUGUGUGGAUCAGCAUUUCAGAAUAAGAAACAAAAGACUGUCGUCAAAGACUCAUUAUUUACAGAAGCUUGCACCACUGAUGCAGCAGAAUCUAAGAAAUAGAAGUUGAAUUUAAACAAACUUAAAUUGAUGUUAAACUCUUGAUGGACAGAAAAUCAAGAAAAACUCAAAUUUAGCAGGAUAGAAUUAGGAAUUAGUGGACUUCUUUUUAGGUUUGUGACAGUUUUCAUAAAGAGAGACGAGUCCCCAAGCAGCUGGAAUUUUGAUGACCGCAAAUGCCUUGUUUUCUUGUCCCAGAAUUAAUCACGGUGCAAGCAACGGUAGAAAUCCAUCUAGUGGUCUAAUAUCAAAGCUAAUUUAAACAGAAUCAGAAAAGCUGCUCAUGUGUAUACUUGCCUAGACACUGUACAAAAGAACAUCUGUAUGAAAAAUAUAUUGUCGUUCUGUAGGCAGAUUCGUUUUGAAAUCGCUGUGAGUGCAUGUGUGUAACUUACAAGGUAGGCUACUAUUAAGACGCAUUAAACCAUUCCAGUCGAUUACACCGUGGGUAGAUUAACUUCAAAGUUCUACAUGGCAUUUUAGUAAGAUGAUGAAGUAUCGUGCUGUGUCUGUUUCGUGGAGUGACUAUAGUAGAAAAUAUUUAGAAUUGUAGAUGCAUAUUGGCUCUCAAAGAAUCUAGACAAAAAAAUUAUAUAUUGUGAAGAUAUAAUGGCAUACAAAAUCUAAAUAUAUGUAUAUCCUAGAAGUAGUAGUGAUGAUGUGUGCGUGUGUGUGGUUCUGUGUUUCUUGCCAUUUAUUUAUUCUAUUGCCAAAUGCACGUGUAGGUAUUUCUCUCUUCUUCAAUAUCAGAUUGAAAUGAUCAACACUAAUGACAAAGUCAUGAUUUCACAAUGAUGGCGAGAAAAUCACAAACUCAUCAUGGGUUACAAACCAGGCUGGGUGUUUUCAAGAUAGACGUGAUGAAUAAAUAAUAUCAGGAUGACAUGAUUUGGUUUUGAUUAUUGAAAGCACAAUAUUCUCUUAAAAGAGAAGCAAAUAAUGUAGAAGUAGAUACAUGUUAAUCAGUUUAACUUCUUGGAGGUGCACAGAAAAAAUGUUCUUGUUGUUUCUUCAUACCAUUUAGGCAUACCUGGAGAAGCAUUGUUAUGGAAUAUGCCCAAGACUGCAUCGAUUAUUAAAGCAAAGUGCAAUAGCGCCAUCUUGAGUUUCCGUGAAUCAAUGACGCCUUCACUCUAUUAAACACACAUCUGAUUUGCGGUGUCUUGUCAGAGAGUAUAGGGUGCAAUGAAACAAAUGGAAUGGCAGAUAAUAGAUAUCAAAAUAUUCAUUAAUCGCUUCUGUAAAUAGCGCCGAAACUAGUGACAUCAUCUUAAGUCUUUAUUGUGCAUCACAAGAAACAACAUUAUCAUACUAGUCGUGAAUGUGUAACGUGUGCUGCCUGCAGCAAAGGACAUCUUAACAUUACUUGUAAAUAAAUCAUUCAUAUCUUUGUAGUGUACAUAUAUUUGUAAAAUAAAAUACUGUGUGUUACUUGGAUAUGGCAUAAUAAGAUGUUGAAAAGUAAACCAUUGCACUCAAAAAACCAUUCAACAAACCAACGUAGCUAGAGAGAUUCGCACCGAAAACAAUUAUUCUACAUGUAGCCUAUAUUUAGAAGUAGUGUGUUGCACUGUAGAAGCAUGUUCGGCCUCUACUUUAUCAAAGUAGAUCAGUAGACUAUAUCGUAGAUGUGACAGCGACUCAUUUAGCACGUCUAGUUGUUUGUCGUCAAAUUUUAGCUCUUGAGUUUGUACAGAUAUUUUCAAUCAAGCAAUUAAAAAGUUAUCUGAAUUAGAUUUCUAUUCAAUGUUUUUUUCUGAAAUUCUACAUGAGUAAUACUAUUAUGUGUGUACAGAGAAGUCUUUGUAUUUUUUUCUUUCUUUCUGUCGUUCCUCGAGCAGUUCAGCUAUAGAUUGUGGUAUUCUUUUAUUGUAUUCAGAACUUAUUAAAGAACAGUUUGGGCCUCCUAGUUUACAUGGUCAAUAAAAGCUAAGGGAGGCGAGAGAGCAUUUUUGCUUCAAACAAAAUUGAUAGCAUCUAUCAUAUCAAAUUCCAAUUUUUGAAAGUUGUCAACUGUUUGACAGAUAUGAACUGCAUGCCAGAGAAAUAUGAUUUAAACUCCAUAUGGACGCUUGCUUCAUGCGUAACUUUGGUAGGGCAGUUCUAUCAUCAUCAUCAACGAUUUGGUUGUAUCAUUUUGUGCUUGUAUACAGGCUGAAACAAAUUAUUUAUCUAGAGUUAGAAUUCAUGUGCAAAAUGUAGGUUAGAGAUAGUAGAUACAAAAAAUAUGUAAAAUGAAAUCAGAAUUUCCCAACUAUUAUGAAGAGGGUUUGUGAGACGAAUGUGUACUUAUAAAAGAGGGAAUGUAUAAUGAGACUAUUUGUGUUUUAUAAAAAUAUUGAUUUAUAUAUAUUGCUGUGUAUUCUUAUGUUACAUAUUAUUGCAUUGCGUUGGACAAUAUCAAAUCCACUAUGCUUCCUUUGUUGUUUUGUUUUUUUCCCUUUUUUAUUAUGUUGUAGUGUACUUGUAGGAUAUUACUGCCAAGAUAAUCAAGAUAUUUAAAUACAAAGAUUUUUAUGCAUUUUCGAGAGUGUUCUAUAUAAUUAGCGAGAGAUGAAAAAAAUAAUAAGUUUACGUGUUGUUUGUAUUAUAGAUAUAUGUCUGUAUAUUCUAUCAUAUUGUUUUGUAUUCAGUGGCGUUCAUGUACUUGAAAGAUUAUCAGCUUUUAUGCUGGUUUCAAAAUGGGUUUUCAGACGGGGAAAGGUUUAUUCAACGUGCAAUUUAUGAUAAGCAGAAUAUUUCUAGUAAUACAAUUCACCUUGUAUGAAGUUAAGAAUAAUUAAAGUGUGCUGUGGUAUUCAAAGACUUCACUUAUUAUAGUAAUGACUAUUAAAAACAUAAUUUUGAAAGGAAUUAACAGAAUAUCAGUAUAUGAAAUUGGAAAACAAAAACAUUAAAAAUGGCUAUUACACAAAUUAUGUUUAUGACUUAAAUGGGAGAAUAAACUAAAAAUAAUAUGCCAACAUGCAAGACAUUUGUAACCAGUUUAUGUGCUUUUGUUUUGUAUAUUAAUUAAGUUCCUCUACUUUGUGUCGAGUUAAUAAUAUAUUUUAGAGAUUGUUUUGUAGCUCCUAUUCAAGUCGUGAAAGAUUUAUUUUUGUAUGGAAUUAGGGAAAGAAGUUUGAUAUUCAUUGUCGUGAAGAAUAGAAAGGGUCUAUCGAGUGAGCUGUGGAAAAAGAAUUUGUGAGUUUAGUGGAUAUCUGAAAAUCCAUUCCAAUCAUUUUCAAUGUAUUUUGUUCUCACUCAGUUCGACUAAUGUGUGUUAAUUUUAGAUGUUUUAUUUUUUGUUGAUUUCAAGGCUUUUUUACCGCUUCGGUAACUAUGAGAGAAUUCAAAGAGCUUUUAUAAGUAAUAGACAUUAUUUCCUGCAUUUUAUGCAAAACGGAUUGGUUCACCAUGCAAAUUUGUUUUUCUGUCACAAAAAUGAAUUUUUGAGAGUAAUGUACCAAUGACGAUUUGAGGUGAUAUUUCACAUAAAAGCUUUGAAGAUUGCAAACCUUUUGUGUGUUUUGCUGUAACUGCUGCACUUCUAUGAAAGGGCAGAGACAUGUUUGUGAACCAUUCUCAUUAUUUGUCAAAUUCAAAUUAGAGACACAGUUGACUCUGGAACUGAUAGAAGUUUGGCAAAUGUGGAUUUUGCUCAAGCAAUGAAAAAUUUGUUUCAAUACGAGCAAUUAUUCCAUGUCACUUGUACAUUUUUUCUAAAUAGUUAUUCUAAAUAAGCGAUUCACUACUCUCUUUGACGUUACUGUGCAUAAGUAGAAAAGUAGAAGCUGUAUGUGUGUGCUCGUAUCACCACUUCAUUCGUUUGACCAAAUUUGACAUUAAAAAAACCACUGUAGUCUAAUUGUGACUGAAAGCGUAUGAGCGCUUCAACCUAAAACACUUGUGAAUCAAGAAUGAUUUUUUUUUCUUAUCAUGAUUUUCAUGAGGAGAUACGACUGCAACGAAAUGUAAGAAUCAUGAAAAAUAUGUGUUGUUCUUUUUUGAGUGAUUUCAAUGACAUAUUAGAGUUAUGAAGAUAAUAUUUGCCACCUUUGUAAUCAUGUAAUUUCUAAAGUGCAUAGGAAGGAACAGUUCACACUUGUUCCUUAUUUAUAUAUAAGUCUCACCACCUUUAAGUUGGAUUGCAGCUGGCAACAGCCCGGGGGGGGGGGGGGGGGGGUGUCGGUCUUAUAGAACUGAAUGGGAAGGAAUUUAUUUGUCAAUGUAUCAAGGUAUUUGUGAAGGAUGAUAUUGGGGGAAAGGUUCCCAAAAAGAGUAAUAUCUGUAGAUUUAUGAAAUAAGAUGACGAACAUGUCAAGUUAUUUACACGUUGGAACAACAGGAAACCAGCCACUGUUUGAACAACAGAUAUGAAUAAUAUACUUUUCCCUUUGAAGGGUGCAAUACUGCAACUAGAAACAAAUUAUACCAUGGUUCUUGCCCUAAUCAGAAGUGAAGUCUACUAUUUGACUUAUUUGAAGAUGUGAGUAUGUACAAAUAAAACUGGACAUCAAUGACAAUUGAUUUUGAAGAGUUAGGCUAGAAUUAUAAAAAAAUGCAGAAUAUUAGCACUGUUUUUCUACCCUGCAUGGAUGCUUAUACCAGCCUCUUGGAGUGUAACUCCUUUAGAGACAUUUUAAUUAAAUCUAGUGCAAUUAGAGUAGAUAUUUAUCUGAAGCAACCACAAUCAAAGAUUGGUUUUCAGUAAUAAAGUACACAAAUGGCAUAAAAUAGUAGCACACACAUUUUGUACAAGGGAGAAGUUAAGGUCUGUUGUAAUUAACGACUACUAUCGCAUGCAGGAACUUAUGAUGUGAUCUGUGAAAAAAGUCUAAAACUUCAAUAGUUUGCAAUCAUAUUGGGUGGUAGCCUGGACCCCUCGCCAAAAGAGCAUUUUAUAAAUUGAUAUGCAAAUGGCUGCACUAUUUACUGUAAACUAAACAGAAAUAACACAAAAUGAUAAAAUAAUACCUUUUUGGAAAUUACAGACUUGUUGGAAAUCUUUGGCAUAAUUUUGUAAUGGUGCUGUGAACUGUGCAAUUAAAGAAAACAUUAAAAGGUCAAAUAUAUGGUUUGAAUAGUCUAUGUGUGCUUUAGAUAUAGAAUAUACAUGUUCGAGAACAUGUUUACCCAGAGUGCACAAAUACAUGUAUAUGAAAUAGAAUAUAUAUGAUGUAGCUUUAAAGUGCUUUAUUAAACAUGCACUGAAUACAUUGUUCAUCGUUUGCAUGACAUUUUAAGGCUUACAAGAUCAACAGAUUCACCUUAAUUUGAUUGAUUUUUAAGGGGGAAAGUAGAAUUGUUAUUGUAAAAAAUUGCUGUGGCAAGUACCCAACCAAAUAUGCAGAUAAUAGACGUUUAAAGUGUCAUGGUGCCCAAUAAAAAAUGCUGUAAUUUUUCUCCCCCAAAUGCUGUAAUUUUUGCCAGAAAUACCCUUGUAAUUGCAUACAUCAUAAAUUGUCAGUUUUUUUUUUCUUCAGACGAUCAUGUUUUACAUUUUGUGGUGGUUAAGUGUUCUUCAUAAUGUACAUUAUUUGUCAAUGAGAAAUAAAUGUUGCACUAAAAUAA